AUGUCUCAUAACGUCGUUAUUGCCGGUGCUUCCCGAGGAAUUGGUCUCGCUCUCGUGAAAUACACGCUCUUGCAGAACGAUAAAGCCCAUGUCGCUGCAGGCGUCCGUACUCCAUCAAAAGCUACAGAUCUAGCUGAGUUGGCAAAGAAGUAUCCAGGUCGUCUGCAUAUCUUUACUCUGGAUGUCGACAGUGACGACUCCAUCAAGGCCUUCACGUCAUCAAUCACAGCCGCUUUCCCCGAUGGCGUUGAUGUGCUGAUUAACAAUGCUGGUAUUCUGCCUACACCGAAAGCUACUCUUGCCGAUGUACCACGAAAAGACUUCUUGGACAACUUCAAUACGAACGCACUAUCGUCAUACUACGUAACCGUCGCUCUCCUCCCCCUCCUAUCAAAGAGCGGCAAUGCUAAAGUGUUAAACAUAUCUUCUCUCAUGGGCUCUAUCGGUGCUACUCACGACACGCUUGGUUAUGGGCCAAAUCCUGAAUACCGUGCUUCAAAAGCUGCCAUGAACAUGUUGUCUGCUACCUUGGCUGCUGUGCACCCGGAUGUCACGAUUGUUACGUCUCAUCCUGGUUUGGUAUUAACUGAUAUGUCUGCCAGUAUUGGAGUCAAUGCCGAGGACUUCCCGAUCGCCAUCACUACUGAAGUCUCUGCUACGUCGCUGUUGAAGGUGAUUAAUGGAUUGACGAAGGCUGAUAGUGGUAAAUUCUUGAGCUAUGAUGGAACUACUCUGCCUUGGUAA